CUCCUUUCUUUCCCUUCUCCGACUGGAUUACAAAAAGAGCCAGCAGCAAGGGAUUCCUGCCGGGAGUUAAUUCGGAGUGGAUUGGUUCUCUCUCUCUCGCUGGCUCUUGCUCCAAAACGCGGCUUCAGCUGGGAGUCAAGAAAGGCGAUCCCUCGUUGUCUGAGUAAGAUUGUCCUCCAAGUGCGGUGUUCUGGGUACGUAGGUGACUGCCCUUUCCAAAGGCAUGACGGUUCUACUGUUGGUGUAGCCAGUAAGCCCAGCAAGGAUGAUGGGACCCAUGAUGCUUUGCUUGCUACUCUUGGCCUCCCUUGGUGCAGCUGAACUGGAAGAACACUUUGACCCAGCUAAGUGCCGCUAUGCACUGGGCAUGCAAGAUCGUGCCAUCCCUGAUGAAGCCCUCUCUGCCUCCAGCUCAUGGUCCGACUCAACGGCCGCCAAGCACAGCAGGUUAGCACUGAAUGAGGGAGAUGGAGCGUGGUGCCCUGCAGGACCCGUCUACCCUAACGAUGCUGAGUAUUUGGAGAUUGAUCUGCGUCGGCUGCACUUCUUGACUUUGGUUGGGACCCAGGGGCGCCAUGCCAAUGGCCAUGGCAAAGAGUUUGCCCGUGCUUACCGGCUCCACUACAGUCGCGAUGGACACCGCUGGAUGCCUUGGCGGGACCGGUGGGGCAAUGAGGUUAUUUCAGGUAACGAUAACACGAAGGAUGUGGUAUUGAAGGAUCUGGGACCACCAGUCAUCGCCCGAUAUGUCCGCUUCUUCCCACGUGCAGACCGCGUCAUGAGUGUCUGCCUGCGUGUGGAGCUCUAUGGUUGCGUUUGGAAAGAUGGCCUUCAGUCAUAUACAGCUCCGCUAGGCCAAGUCAUGCCUCUUGCCCCUGAACCUGUCUACCUGAAUGACUCCACCUACGAUGGGCACAGCGUCCACAAGUUGCACUUUGGGGGUCUUGGCCAGUUGACCGAUGGGGUGGUAGGCCUGGACGAUUUCACCCAAACCAAGGAGCUGCGUGUUUGGCCGGGAUAUGACUACGUGGGCUGGAGGAACAGUUCUUUCCCUGGUGGCUUCAUUGAGAUGGAGUUUGAGUUCGAUCAACUCAGAGCCUUCACUUACAUGAAGGUUCACUGCAACAACAUGCAUACGCACGGGGUGAGCAUCUUCCGGAAGGUGGACUGCCUCUUCAAGCGCAGCCUGGCCACGGCCUGGGAACCCGUCCCUGUCUCACAACAGCUUGCGGUUGAUGUCAGGAACCCCAGCUCCCGGAUCCUCACGGUGCCCCUGGAAGGACGCCUGGGCCUGUUUGUCCAGUGCCAUUUUCACUUUGCUGGCGAGUGGAUGCUCUUCAGUGAAAUAGCCUUCCUCUCAGACAUUGUAGAUGAUCCCACUCUCUCAGCAUCGAGUCACCGUCCCCCAGUAGUGGCUCAACCUCGAGCAUCAGGCCGUGGCACUCCACUCUCCCCAGCCCUAGGAUCGGCAUUGAAUGAGAAAGCUGGCAUCACCCCAAACCUUACAAUCCAAGACCUUGAGGGCCAAGGGGGACCAAAAUCGGGCCAGCCCAUUCCGAAGGAUGACAACAGCAACACCGCCAUCCUGAUUGGGUGCCUGGUAGCCAUCAUUCUACUUUUGCUGGUUGUGAUAUUCCUCAUCCUUUGGCGACAAUACUGGCAAAAGAUUCUGGGGAAGGCUCAACGCCGAAUCUCUGAUGAUGAUCUGACCGUUCACCUCUCUGCACCGAGUGACACCAUUGUCAUCAACAACACAAUGGGUUCCCACAGACACUCCAAUCGUUAUGAGCGCAUCCACUCGGGAGAUACCGAAUAUCAGGAGCCCAACAGGGCACGCAUGAAACUACCAGACUUGCCACACAGCACUGAGAACUCUGCUCUGCUGCUCAGCAACCCGGCUUAUCAUCUCUUCCUGGCCACUUAUGCCCAGCCCAUGGAAAGGCCUGCUUUCCCGCCACCCAGCCGGGUUAAGCCCAUCAACACCAAUGCUACAGCAUGUGGAGCAGAUUACAUGGAACCAGAAACCGCUAAUUGCCAGCCAGGCUUCCAGAACAAUGUGCCACAUUAUGCCGAAGCUGACAUCAUUAACCUGCAAGGGGUGACUGGUGGAAACACAUAUGCUGUACCAGCAGUGGCAGUAGAUGCCCUUACGGGGAAGGAUAUGGCGCUAGGAGAGUUCCCCAGGGAGCGACUCAUCUUCAAGGAGAAGCUAGGAGAAGGGCAGUUUGGAGAGGUCCAUUUGUGUGAGGUGGAGAACCCUCAAGACCUGCCAAGCUUGGAGUUCCCCUUCAAUGUGCGCAAAGGGCGGCCUCUCCUUGUGGCUGUGAAGAUUCUCCGCUCUGAUGCCACUAAAAAUGCAAGGAAUGAUUUCCUGAAAGAGGUGAAGAUCAUGUCGCGCCUCAAAGACCUCAACAUUGUGCGGCUACUAGGUGUGUGCGUCCAGGACGAUCCACUGUGUAUGAUCACGGAGUACAUGGAGAAUGGCGACCUCAACCAGUUCCUCAGUGGGCAUGAGCUGGAAGACAAGCUGGGAGGCAGCCCCAGUGGGAAACCAACCAUCAGCUAUCCAACUUUGAUCCAUGUGGGAGCCCAGAUAGCCUCAGGGAUGGCUUUCCUUGCCUCCCUCAACUUUGUGCACCGGGACCUGGCUACACGAAACUGCCUGGUGGGCGAAGGGUUCACUAUCAAGAUUGCAGACUUUGGCAUGAGCCGGAACCUCUAUGCUGGGGACUAUUAUCGUAUCCAAGGCCGGGCUGUGCUUCCCAUACGCUGGAUGGCUUGGGAGUGUAUUCUCAUGGGCAAGUUCACUACUGCCAGUGACGUCUGGGCCUUUGGAGUCACGCUGUGGGAGGUGUUGAUGCUGUGCCAAGAACAGCCGUACAGCCAGCUGACAGAUGAAGCCGUCAUUGAGAAUGCAGGCGAAUUCUUCCGGCAUCAGGGCAAGCAGGUCUAUCUCUCCCGUCCUCCUGCCUGUCCCUUGGCUGUCUACGAGGUGAUGCUGAGAUGCUGGACCCGAGAGUCCAAGGACCGCCCACCUUUCCAAUACUUGCAGCGUUUCCUGGCUGAGGAUGCCCUCAAUAUGGUGUGAACCAGCUUGGCACUGGACAGCAGCGGCUACCUUAAGGAGCCGGACGAUGACACAGAGACUCCUGGGAGCAGCAUGUGGCAGGGUGGUGGGCGUAGUGCUCCGGAACUUACUCUACUGCAGUCCUGAUGGGGGCAUCGCCACAUCCUCAUGCUCGGCUGAUGUCCUCACAUCAUCCUCCGCCUAUCCCCAGUUUCUACUCACUCCAUUUCAUUUAUUAGACUUUCCUUGGCCUGUUCAACUCCUUCGAUCUCGUCAUCCAAUCCAACACGUUGCUUUUUCUCCGUUUUCCUGUUUGUAUCUCAACCAGCAGACAUACUUAUUUUUAUCGUGUGUCUUUGUCUAAACUAGUUCUGUACAAUCUUCGUGAAAAAUUGUGUUCAACACUCAGUUCAUUAAUGCACACACUGUUCUCUGCAUUCUUUAUGUAUUCUAAUUUUGCAACACAUCUAAUCUUUCAAUCCAUCUCUUCUCUUUGGUUUCCCAAAGGAUGAGUUGAGCCUUAUUUAAGGGAACAGGGAUGUUGUUGGUGAUAUGAAAUCCCGAGAGCUCAUCCCUGAUUGGUUUGGAAAGCGGAAUGUCCAGCCAAUAAUGUAUUUCUGAUUAAUUCAUCACAAGCCUAUUGGAUAUGUGCUACUUUGUGACUGAUACAACACAAUGGCUAAGUCUUUGAACCUGAAAGACUUCUGUUCAACUACUCAGUCCUUCCUUAGCAAUUUGGAGGUAUUAAUACUUACCUACUUCACAGGACAGAAAGAGAGAUCUAAAGCACUUUGAACAGUCUGAAUAGUUUUUAAAAAGUGAAUAGUUUUGCAGGCUUUGUGUUGUCAUUUUGUCAAGGCAAAUGGUGCAAUGUCCUGAUUCGGAAUGGUGUUAUUUUCUCCUGCUGUUGUUGUAAGCCCUGUGAUACUUCCUUUGGCACUCUAGAACCAGAGGCUGUACUACUAUGAGACAGUCCCCCUCUUUAGCAGGGUAUGAAACAUGUGGAUGAGAGGAGAGAUCCAGAGUUAGGAGAAGGAAGGGAAACUGGGGAGCGUUUAGCCUUCCUCACCUGCUAAACCGUGAAGGACUUGAAUGCCCACAAAGAAGAACCUACUGAAUUCAUCCCUUGUUUGCCCUGUCUUUCUCUCUUUGCUCAUUUCUUUCCAUUUCCCUGAUUACCACCAGGGCAAUCCUGAGUAAAUCAACUUUACUGAGCUGAGUAUACUUAUUCACAGGAGAAUAUGUAUAGGAUUGCAACUCUAGGGUUGGAUUAAUGUUAUAAUGCAGAGACUUUUUCACACAGCAGUAGGCUGCAAGACUUGAAAAUAGGAUAAACCUGGAAGCACUUCAGUCUGCAAUGGCAAGACUGCAGUUCUGCUCUAGUUGUAGUUGGAAUGAGCAAUGGUCAUCGGCUGAAUUACUUUUCAUAUCUCAGUGCCUUAGACCUGAAUCACAUUAUUGUUUUCUCUCACACAAUUUUUAACUUUUCAAAACAAUGCAUUUUUUCUCUUCUUCUACCUCUACUAUUUCCCCAAUGAAAAGUCCUCUCUUAAUGCUCUUUCCACCUGAGAAACUGGUACUAAAAUAAUGGUGGUGGAAAGAUUCCUAGUCUUUAAACAACUCCACAUUGGGGACUGCAUUUCUGCCUUUAGACUUCACUUACAACUGGACUAACACUGGCUAAAUAGAAUAGAACCCUCGGGUUCAUAAACACUGGGAUUCACUGAGCACUGGAUGCUUGGAGAGGCUGGAAGACGUAGUUUCAAAGGUACUUUACAAGCCCACUGUAGGCUGGGAGAACCUGUACUUGCUGCUCUUGAGAGGCAAGGGGAUACCUCUUGAUCUUACCCACUUUGACACGUUGGAGAAGCACCGAUCCAGGCUGGUGAGAUUUGACAUGGCAUAGAAUGGACUUUAGGCUGGAAAUGGUCACAAUCUAAUCUAAAGAAUGCAAUUUAACAUCAGAUAUACCAAGGGGCCAUCUUUCCAGUCUAGCUCCCCAAUGUGCCACAGAUCUGUCCUACCUGGAAGCCUGUCCACCUUCUUUAUAACUUCAUUUCAUGUCUUUCUGCUUGGCUUUUGGCCAUGAUUCUGUGAUGUGGGCACUCUUUUGUCGAGCCUCUUUGUUGCACUUCUUGUGGUCCUGCCAGAAGCUGCUGUUGCUGCCCCCAUUUGAUGUGCCCAUUUGCUCGGUCACAGAAACUUCAAUUCUUGAGUACUUGGAUUUGACAAGCUUGAGCACCCACAAGCACUGGAUGAUUACUGGGAUGUUUUGUCGAAGGCUUUCAUGGCUGGAAUCACUGGGUUGUUGUAAGUUUUGUGGGCUGUAUGGCCAUGUUCCAGAAGCAU